CAAACACAAAACAACACUCCAACCGUCGAAGAAAAUAGAGCGAAAAUGGCGUCGCUGAAUGACAAGUCGGUUUGGGAUGAGGUGGAGGAUGGCAUCGGCGAGGAGGUACUGAAGAUGUCUACCGAGGAAAUCGUCCAGCGGACACGUCUAUUGGACAGUGAAAUAAAAAUCAUGAAGAGCGAGGUGCUGAGAGUGACUCACGAGCUGCAGGCCAUGAAGGACAAGAUCAAGGAGAACACAGAGAAGAUCAAAGUCAACAAGACCCUGCCCUACCUGGUGUCCAAUGUCAUUGAGCUGCUGGAUGUGGACCCUAAUGACCAGGAGGAAGAUGGAGCCAACAUCGACCUGGACUCUCAGAGGAAGGGCAAGUGUGCUGUUAUCAAGACGUCCACCCGACAGACCUACUUCCUUCCUGUGAUUGGCCUGGUGGACGCAGAGAAGUUGAAGCCCGGAGACCUGGUGGGAGUCAACAAGGACUCGUAUCUGAUCCUGGAGACCCUGCCUACGGAGUACGACUCCAGGGUGAAGGCCAUGGAGGUGGACGAGAGGCCCACGGAGCAGUACAGUGACAUCGGAGGCCUGGACAAGCAGAUCCAGGAGCUGGUGGAAGCCAUCGUCCUGCCCAUGAACCACAAGGAGAAGUUUGAGAACCUGGGCAUCCAGCCUCCCAAGGGGGUCCUGAUGUAUGGACCCCCUGGCACAGGCAAGACCCUGCUGGCUAGGGCCUGUGCUGCCCAGACCAAGGCCACCUUCCUGAAGCUGGCUGGCCCCCAGCUGGUGCAGAUGUUCAUUGGAGAUGGAGCCAAGCUGGUGAGAGAUGCCUUCGCCCUGGCCAAGGAGAAAGCACCGUCCAUCAUCUUUAUAGAUGAGCUGGAUGCCAUCGGCACCAAGAGGUUUGACAGUGAGAAAGCAGGUGACAGGGAGGUCCAAAGAACCAUGCUGGAACUUCUCAAUCAGCUUGACGGCUUCCAGCCCAACAUGCAGGUUAAGGUGAUCGCGGCCACCAAUAGGGUGGACAUCCUAGACCCGGCUCUGCUGCGCUCCGGUCGUCUGGACAGAAAGAUAGAGUUCCCUAUGCCAAACGAGGAGGCUCGUGCUCGCAUCAUGCAGAUCCACUCCCGCAAGAUGAACGUCAGUCCUGAUGUAAACUACGAGGAGUUGGCCAGGUGCACUGACGACUUUAACGGAGCCCAGUGCAAAGCUGUGUGUGUGGAGGCGGGUAUGAUUGCGCUUCGUCGGGGAGCAACAGAGCUCAACCAUGAAGACUACAUGGAGGGCAUCCUGGAGGUGCAGGCCAAGAAGAAGGCCAAUCUGCAGUACUAUGCCUGAAAAGGACUGGGAGUGCGUGUGUGUCUAUAUGUUUGCCAUACCUUCCACUUAUGCCUGAAACAACCAAGGUGUUUAUUGGAUGACAGCUACACCUAUUUUCAAUGAUCUUAACAUCUGGUUGUUACUGGUGGUAAAAGGUGUGAGAAGAGAGAAACUGUUGGGGGGGUGUAUUUUUGAGUGUGAGGAAGGGAUUGGAGGGGACUCAGAGCACUGGUUUAUUACUGUAGCCACUGUCUUAUUGUCCAUUUAAGAAAAAAUAAAACUUUUUCCAGA